AUGGCGACCAGCGACAAGAAAAAGCUGCUGCACAACGUACGAUUAGAGGAGUCGAUUCAGGAGGUGUGGCAGCGCCAAGCCGACAUGCAACACACCAUGAUGAGCCACACCAGUCGCAGUCCUGCCCAAGUCCCCGCCGCACCGCAGCGACCCAACCGAGCAGAGAUCAAAAAGAAGAUCAAGAACAAGAAGAGCCGGAAGAGCAGGCCCCAGGCUAAUGUCGCCCGACCAAACACGGACGGCAAGCAGUCGCGCAAGGCAAGCUUGUGGUGUUGGGGCAAGUAA